UUGGCAAUCACGUGACUCGCUUGUUUUUGUUCUUCGGGCGCCAGACCGCAUUUUUUGUUGACUUAAUGUGAGACUGCGGAAUGGAUUUUACCCGCAUCGGGUUUCUAUGUUUUUUAUGUGUUUGUACAUAUGCUGGUUCGCCGCCGAAUUUCGUGCUAAUUUUCGCCGAUGAUUUGGGUUUUGGUGACCUGGGGUGUUACGGACAUCCCAGCUCUCUUACGCCAAACGUGGACCGACUGGCAGCGGGUGGUCUCCGGUUUACUGACUUCUACUGCACCAGUCCUGUCUGUAGCCCCUCCAGGGCGUCACUAUUGACAGGCCGCUAUCAGACCCGUUCAGGUAUCUACCCCGGAGUCCUGUAUCCUGGCUCAAUAGGUGGUCUUCCAUUGAAUGAGACCACCAUCGCUGAGGUGCUGAAACCUCUGGGCUACGCCACAGCCGCUGUCGGGAAGUGGCACCUGGGAGUUGGAGCCAAGGGAACGUUUCUUCCGACCAGGCAGGGCUUCGAUGAGUACCUGGGGAUUCCAUACUCCCACGACAUGGGUCCAUGUCACAACCUGACUUGUUUCCCUCCAGAUGUCAAGUGCUUUGGAUUGUGCGACCUCGGCACUGUGAUGGUUCCGCUGAUGCACAACGAGGUCAUCAUGCAACAGCCGGUUAACUUCCUGGAUCUGGAACGGGCUUACCGUGACUUUUCCACCAGUUUCAUUGCCGCUGCGGCCAAGAGGAAUCAACCUUUCUUCCUCUACUAUCCUUCCCAUCACACCCACUACCCCCAGUAUGCUGGCCCGGGGGCUGCUGGGAAGACAUUAAGGGGUCCAUUUGGAGACGCUCUGCUGGAGUUUGACAACACUGUCGGAAACCUGCUUGCCACACUGGAGACGACCGGAGUGAUCAACAACACGCUGGUCUUCUUCACGUCAGACAACGGGCCUUCAUUAAUGCGCAUGUCCCGUGGAGGAAAUGCAGGCGCUCUGAAAUGCGGCAAAGGUACUACGUACGAGGGCGGCAUGAGAGAGCCAGCCAUCGCUUUCUGGCCCGGCAUGAUCACGCCAGGUGUGACCCAUGAGCUGGCCAGCACUCUGGACAUCCUGCCCACCAUUGCUAAGCUAGCUGGAGCUAAAGUGCCCAAAGUGGAGCUAGAUGGUGUCGACAUGACUGAAAUCCUUUUCAAACAUGGAAAGAGUAAAAGGGAGACGAUGAUGUUCUAUCCCACUGAUGCUAGUGAAAAGUUUGGUCUGUUUGCUCUUCGACUGUGGAAGUACAAGGCUCACUUCUACACACGAGGUUCCAUCCACAGCAACACCACCCCAGACAAAGACUGCUCAGCGUUUGCACUCCUGAAGCCUCACGACCCCCCGCUUCUCUUUGACGUGGAGGCUGACCCUUCUGAGCGUUACCCUCUCCUUCUGGACGACCACCCGGACAUCCAGGAGCUGCUGGAGAGGAUUAAGAGAGUCAAGGAGCAGUUUGAAAGCUCCAUGCUGUUUGGAGAGAGUCAGAUCUCAAAGGGAAGUGACCCACAACUGGAGCCUUGUUGCAAUCCACAGUGUAGUCCGAAACCUGGCUGCUGCCAGUGCUGACACCAUUCUCCAAUGCACUUCUACUGUAAAUACUGUAGGUACUGUAAUAUUGAAAUUAAUAUUGUUACAAUUGAUGUGUAAUUGCUGCAAAAAAUGUGAUAAUUUCACAUGAAUUGGCUGAAUGUUUCAAGAAAAAGUCAUUUUAUGAGAAAAAGACUUAAUACAUAAAAAAAGUCAUAUUUUAUGAGGAAAAAGUGUCAUGGUAGGAGAAAAAUAAAUUGUGAGAUUACAAAAAAAGCAGUAUUACGGGAGUAAAUGAUGGGAAUUAUGUAAUAAUUUUACAUGAAUAAAGCACUAAUAUCACAAGAAUUGCAUUUAAUUUGACGUGAAUAAAGUAAUAUGACAAGAAUUAAGUCAUAAUUUGACAUGAAUAUAGUCAUAAAACGCUAAGUUGUAAAUUAAUGUGGAGUAAUAAUGUUGAGAAAAAGUCAUAAUUGUAUGUGAAUAAAGUAAUGAAAUAUCAAGAAUGAAGUUCUAAUUUUACAAGAAUAAAGUAAUGACAAAUUUUGUCAGAAUUUUAUGGGAAUAAAGUCAUAAUAUGAAAAUUGUCUUAAUUUCAGGUGAAUACUGUAAUAUGACAAUAAAUAGUAAUUUUACAGGAAUAAUAUUGUGAUGAUAAUGAAGUCUUAAUGUUAAGUCAUAAGUUCAUGUGAAUAAAGUAAUAAUAUGACGAAAUAACGUGUUUUAUGGAAUAAAGUAAUACUGUAAUAUGAAAAAAUUGAAAACAUAAGUAGUCAUAUGACGAAAAUGAAGUUGUAGUUUUACUUGAAUAACAGAAUUAGUCCUAAAACGAAUAAGGUGACGUGAAUUAAGUCAUAAUUUUACAGCAAUAAGGUAGUAAUGCGCUGUCAAUAAAAUAAAUAAAAAUAAUAAAAUAAAUAAAAUGGUAAUACAAGCAAAAAAACAAAGACAACAGUAAAAGAUUUUGGACAUCAAGCAUAUAUUUUAUUUGUAAGACCAAAUUCAUUACAAGGCAGAUUUUUUUGUACGUAUUUUAAUUUUUUUUUCUCCCGCUUUGAAUUUGACAAGUUUUUAAAGGUAAAAGAUAUGUUUGCUCAGUCACAUACUGUACCGUAUUCCUCUAUAAGUAUACAGAAACGUGUUCAUGACAUUGCGUGAAAAGGGCAAACAUAAUCGGAUCAAUAUGGAUCAUAAACGGAGCGAGGCAUUGACAGCAUUAUGUCGUAGCUAACUAAUUGCAUCCUAAAAAUGCUGUUGCUGAAGCGUCUCCGCACACCUAAAAAUGCCACGUGUAUGAUAUUAUGAGGGAAACAUAAGACAGCCAAAUGAAAUUAUUGCACAUUACAUACACAUUAAUGUGUUUUUUUUUGUUUGUUUUUGUGUUGUUGGGUUGAUUUCUUUUUUUUUUUUUCAAUCAAUAACGUAGUAGUUCAAUAACAGACAGAAGAAAAGGGACACAGCACUAUUUUGGAGUCUCUAUUGUAUAUAUACAUGGGCUAAAUGACAGUGGAAAUAAACCUUUUUCCUGCCAUGUGUGACUGAAAA